AGAGACCCGUUCAAUAUGGCGGCGCCGCACGACGCGGUUCAGCCCACCAUGAGGCGUCUAUUUCCUGUGCAUAGACAUAUGGGACUCGAGCACACCCGGAAGUCGCAGUUUAAAAUGCKCUCUCUUCUUUUGCCAGCUGUGGCUGAGCAGCUUUUCCAAGACAUCCAGAAAACAUAUCAAGAAACGUCUCAAAUUCCUGAUGAUCUGCUUAUUGCGUUGAAAUUUGUCUUCGGCUCUUGUGCGCUACAGGCUUUGGACCUGGUUGACCAGCGCUCUGUCACGUGUCUGACCUCCCCCAGUGGACGCAAGGCUUUCCAGGUGAUUGGAGGCUCGGGGCACCUGUACACCUGUUUUUUGUCCUGCCACUUCUGUCCAUGCCCGGCUUUUGCUUAUGCUGUACUACGCAGAAACCAAGACCUGCUGUGCAAACACAUCCUGGCUGUCUACCUGAGCCAGGCCAUGGCUGUGACUGAACAGGAGAGCGUGUCGGAUCAGCAGAUGUCCACGCUGCUCAGCAGGACCGGGACUCUGUAAGGGCAGGUGGACCAGGACGAAAGCUGGGGUUUGGUUCACUGCAGAAAAGACCAGAACACGGGAGAGCCGACAGACUACAGAUGCUGCUUUCUGUUCUGUUCAUCUUGAGGAAUUACAGUUGUAUUUUUAGUUUAUUAUUUUUUUUUAAAGAGCAUCUGCAUAGUGAUGUCAUGACAGAAACAUUUCAGAGUUUUCCUCUAUAUUUUGUCAUUACUCGAAUUAUUAAUAAAAAAAAGACCUUAACCAAUAUAAACGUUGCUUUUAUUAACAAAAUAAACCACCAUACAUACAAAUUGCAUCAUGUCAAAUAGCUACAUCAGUUGUAGUUUUGUUGAAUGAAGAAAAGAAUUGUCCACAGUGGAGGUUUUUUUUUUUCCUGAUUAGUAACAAGACAGCACACGGACAGAUGGGGAACUUUGGAAUAAAAGGCAGGAAUGUUGAA